AUGGCGGCCACCUUUGUGCCGCGCCAGGCAUUUCCCAACUAUGCCUCAAUCCCGCGGUCCUAUUUCCUCGGCCACCAUAGGGCUGGGUUGAACAAGAUGCGGAACAUGCUCUCAUCGAUCGACUAUGUGAUCGAGUGCAGAGACAACCGGGUCCCGUUUACCUCAGUGAAUCCCAUGUUUGAGGAAGCCCUGGGGAAGAUUAGACGGCUCGUUGUAUACACGAAGAAAGACCUGGCAUCGCAAGGCGAUCCACGGGAACAGAAGGCUCUCGAGAAAAAGAUCCGGAGUUUUAACCGCGGCACGCCCGUCUUCUUCGUCAACACACGCCAUGCAUCUCCGUCAACUAACCACCCGAAUGUGAGCACGCUCCUGGCGCAUCUGCGCAACGACGCCAAUGGACCCGACAAGCUCGUCGGCUGUCGCGUGAUAGUCGUCGGAAUGCCCAAUGUUGGGAAAUCAACACUAAUCAAUUGCCUGCGCAACCGCGGCGUGGGGAAGGCGAAAGCCGUGCACACGGGCGACCAGCCGGGUAUCACGCGAAAGAUCGGGACACCCGUCAAGAUCAUAGAGAAGGAGAAUGGUGCCCAUGUGUAUGUGCUGGAUACGCCCGGUGUAUUCAUGCCCUAUGUGCCGGACGCGGAGAACAUGCUGAAGCUGGCGCUUUGUGGCUGUGUCAAGGACUCGGUGAUUUCGCCGGUUACGCUGGCAGACUAUCUGCUUUACCACAUUAAUCUGCAUGAUCCAAGCGUAUAUCAGCGGUGGUCGGCUCCGACGAAUGAGAUUCAGCCGCUCCUGGAUAGUUUUGCACAUAAUACGGGUUUGCUUGCUAAGGGAGGGAUACCGAAUCUCGAUCUUGCUGCGUUACAUUUUAUCCAGAAAUGGCGCGGCGGUGGACUCGGUAGGUUCGUAUUAGACGACAUACAAGAAGAGGAGCGUCGGAGAGAAGCUGGCAUUGAGGACAAGGUUAGCAUGAGUAUCACGCAAGCCCUGAAAGAAGAGAGAAGGGCGAAGCGCCCGCCAGUAGAACCUUCGGAUAAACAAGAUUAG